UGCGGGGCACUGCCAGUCAGUCGGGGAGCAGGAGCCCCGCGCGCAGCCGGCGCGGGCUCGGCCAUUGGCGCGCCGCCGCCCGGGGGCUGGCUCGGCUGCUGGCUGAGAGGCGGCGGGCGGGACAAGCGCGGCCGCGGCCCCGGCCACCGCGGCGCCGGCGGCUCGGGUCCCUACCCGGGGAAGGAGAGCGGCGGCGGGUGCAGCAGCCGGCACGGAGGGCGGAUUUUGGCUCCGCGGGCGCGCCCUCCGCUCCCUCUUGCAGCCGCUCCAGCUCCGAGCGGGGCUGGCGACUGGGUGGGAGGAUCCAGGACCUCGGCCCCGGCCCCGGGAGCCCCCGGAGUUGAGACUUCUGCAAGUGUUGGCACUUUGCGGGUCUGGCUCUGGUUUUGGGUGUUCACCCUGCUCUCCUCGCCGCCUUGGAAGGAAAGCUCCCGGCCGCCCUCGGACCUCGCGCCCACCCAGCGCCGCCGGGGAGCGGCCCGGCGUGCGCUCAGCACCAUGAGCAGACUUGGGACUUGGCUGGUGACUUUGUACGGACUUUUGCUAACUGCGGCGGGGGAUACGUUUUCAGGUGGUUGCCUCUUUGAUGAGCCUUAUAGCGUGUGUGGAUACAGUCAGGCUGAAGAUGAUGACUUCAAUUGGGAGCAGGUGAAUACCUUGACCAAACCAACUUCUGACCCAUGGAUGCCAUCAGGCUCCUUCAUGUUGGUGAACACGACCAGCAGGCCUGAGGGACAGAGGGCCCACCUCCUCUUACCUCAGCUCAAAGAGAAUGACACCCACUGCAUUGAUUUUCACUACUUCGUGUCCAGCAAGAGUAGUGCUGCUCCUGGCUUACUCAACGUCUACGUGAAGGUCAAUAACGGGCCUCUGGGGAACCCCAUCUGGAAUAUAUCUGGAGAUCCAAACCGUACGUGGAACAGGGCAGAGCUGGCCAUCAGUACUUUCUGGCCUAACUUUUAUCAGGUGAUUUUUGAAGUCAUAACAUCUGGACAUCAAGGCUACCUCGCUAUUGAUGAAGUGAAGGUGUUAGGACAUUCGUGUACCAGAACCCCCCACUUCAUGCGGAUUCAGAACGUCGAGGUGAAUGCUGGCCAGUUUGCCACCUUCCAGUGCAGUGCCAUUGGCAGGACUGUGGCCGGUGAUCGGCUCUGGUUACAGGGCAUUGACGUGCGGGACGCCCCUCUGAAGGAGAUAAAGGUGACUAGUUCCCGGGGAUUCAUAGCCUCAUUUAACGUCGUGAAUACAACCAAGCGAGAUGCGGGGAAAUAUCGCUGCAUGAUUCGCACCGAUGGAGGCGUUGGCAUAUCCAACUAUGCAGAAUUGGUAGUUAAAGAACCUCCUGUCCCCAUCGCCCCCCCUCAGCUGGCCUCUGUGGGGGCCACCUACCUGUGGAUACAGCUCAACGCCAACUCCAUCAACGGGGAUGGGCCCAUCGUGGCGAGGGAGGUGGAAUACUGCACUGCCAGUGGGAGCUGGAAUGACCGGCAGCCGGUGGACUCCACAAACUACAAGAUCGGGCACCUGGACCCGGACACCGAGUACGAGAUCAGCGUGCUCCUCACCCGGCCGGGCGAGGGUGGCACCGGGUCUCCCGGCCCUGCGCUCAGGACCAGGACCAAGUGUGCUGAUCCUAUGCGUGGCCCAAGAAAACUGGAAGUCGUUGAAGUCAAGUCUCGACAAAUCACUAUCCGCUGGGAGCCUUUUGGAUAUAACAUAACUCGUUGCCAUAGUUACAACCUCACAGUCCACUACUGUUACCAAGUUGGAGGGCAGGAACAAGUACGAGAAGAAGUGAGCUGGGACACAGACAACUCACACCCUCAACACACCAUCACCAACCUCUCACCCUACACCAACGUCAGUGUGAAACUCAUCCUCAUGAAUCCUGAGGGGCGGAAGGAAAGCCAAGAACUUGUGGUGCAGACAGAUGAAGAUCUUCCAGGUGCUGUUCCUACUGAAUCCAUCCAAGGAAGUACCUUUGAAGAGAAGAUAUUUCUUCAAUGGCGAGAACCAAUUCAAACAUAUGGUGUCAUCACUUUAUACGAGAUCACCUACAAAGCAGUCAGUUCCUUUGACCCAGAAAUAGAUUUAUCCAAUCAAAGUGGAAGAGUUUCGAAACUGGGCAAUGAAACCCAUUUUUUGUUUUUUGGACUCUAUCCUGGAACCACGUACUCCUUCACCAUCCGAGCUAGCACAGCUAAGGGUUUUGGACCUCCGGCAACAAACCAGUUCACCACCAAGAUAUCAGCACCCUCCAUGCCGGCUUAUGAACUUGAGACACCUUUGAAUCAAACCGACAAUACGGUGACGGUCCUGCUGAAACCCGCACACAGCCGAGGCGCGCCCAUCAGUGUCUACCAAAUAGUUGUCGAGGAAGAACGUCCUCGAAGAACUAAAAAGACAACAGAAAUCUUAAAAUGCUACCCAGUACCCAUUCACUUCCAGAACGCUUCAAUACUGAAUUCCCAGUACUACUUUGCUGCAGAAUUCCCAGCCAGCAGCCUCCAAGCUGCUCAGCCUUUUACUAUUGGUGAUAACAAGACCUACAGUGGAUACUGGAACGCCCCUCUCCUGCCCCAUAAGAGCUACAGAAUCUAUUUCCAAGCUGCUAGUAGAGCCAAUGGGGAAACCAAAAUAGACUGUGUCCAAGUGGCCACAAAAGCUGCGAUAAUCGUGACUCAGCUUACGACACCUCAUAAUCGCAUCGCCCCUGCUGCAGGCGACGACCAGCUGACAGGAGCUGCCACUCCAAAGCCAGUCCCAGAGCCCGAGAAACAGACGGACCACACAGUGAAGAUCGCGGGAGUCAUUGCGGGCAUCUUGCUGUUCGUGAUUAUAUUUCUCGGGGUCGUGUUGGUCAUGAAGAAAAGUCUUAAGCUUCUGUCUAGAAAGUUUUGUCUGCGGAAGUUUGUCCACACACUCCUGGCCUGUUUGAAUGACAGCAGAGCUCGCUGGACUCCAGCCUCACAUAAACCAGCCCUUCUUGGGUCGGAGCCCCCAGUCCAUCCAUGGAAACUGGCCAAGAAGCGGAAGGAGACCAUGAGCAGCACGCGGCAGGAGAUGACGGUGAUGGUGAACUCCAUGGACAAGAGCUACGCGGAGCAGGGCACCAACUGCGACGAGGCCUUCUCGUUCAUGGACACGCACAACCUGAACGGGAGAUCUGUGUCUUCACCAUCGUCCUUUACAAUGAAGACAAACACCCUGAGCACAUCGGUGCCUAAUUCCUAUUACCCAGACCCAUUUGUGCCAACUGCAAUUUUAGUGCCUAUAAAUGAUGAGACGCACACGAUGGCCAGUGACACCAGCAGCUUGGUGCAGUCCCACACCUACAAGAAGCGUGAGCCAGCUGACGUGCCCUACCAGACCGGGCAGCUCCACCCCGCCAUCCGGGUGGCCGACCUGCUCCAGCACAUCACACAGAUGAAGUGCGCCGAGGGCUACGGCUUCAAGGAGGAGUAUGAGAGCUUCUUUGAAGGGCAGUCUGCACCAUGGGACUCUGCUAAGAAAGAUGAGAACAGAAUGAAGAACAGAUACGGGAAUAUUAUUGCGUAUGACCAUUCCCGGGUGAGGCUGCAGACCAUAGAAGGGGACAACAACUCAGACUAUAUCAAUGGAAAUUAUAUCGAUGGUUAUCACCGACCCAAUCACUACAUUGCUACGCAAGGACCAAUGCAGGAGACCAUCUACGACUUCUGGAGGAUGGUGUGGCAUGAAAACACCGCCAGCAUCAUCAUGGUGACCAACCUGGUAGAAGUGGGGAGGGUCAAAUGCUGCAAAUACUGGCCAGAUGACACAGAGAUAUAUAAAGACAUUAAAGUCACCCUAAUAGAAACAGAGCUACUGGCAGAAUAUGUGAUAAGAACAUUUGCUGUUGAAAAGGGAGGGGCCGGAAGCGAAGCAAACUGCAGUCCAUCCAGAGAAGUGUCACAGCGAGGUGUUCAUGAAAUCCGCGAGAUCAGACAGUUUCACUUCACCGGCUGGCCAGACCACGGGGUCCCCUACCACGCCACUGGGCUGCUGGGAUUCGUCCGGCAGGUCAAGUCCAAGAGCCCUCCCAACGCAGGCCCGUUGGUGGUGCACUGCAGCGCUGGUGCGGGGAGGACCGGCUGUUUCAUCGUCAUCGACAUCAUGCUGGACAUGGCGGAGAGGGAAGGCGUGGUGGACAUCUACAACUGCGUCCGCGAGCUGCGGUCUCGGAGAGUGAACAUGGUGCAGACCGAGGAGCAGUAUGUGUUCAUCCACGAUGCCAUCCUAGAAGCCUGCCUUUGUGGGGACACCUCGAUCCCUGCUUCCCAAGUCAGAUCUCUCUAUUACGACAUGAACAAGCUGGACCCCCAGACAAACUCCAGCCAGAUUAAAGAGGAGUUCCGGACCCUGAACAUGGUGACGCCAACCCUGCGUGUGGAGGACUGCAGCAUUGCGCUCCUGCCCCGGAACCACGAGAAGAACCGCUGCAUGGACAUCCUGCCCCCCGACCGCUGCCUGCCCUUCCUCAUCACCAUCGAUGGCGAGAGCAGCAACUACAUCAACGCCGCUCUCAUGGAUAGCUAUAAACAGCCCUCGGCUUUCAUAGUCAGCCAGCAUCCUUUGCCAAACACAGUGAAAGACUUCUGGAGACUGGUCCUGGAUUAUCACUGCACUUCUGUGGUUAUGCUAAAUGACGUGGAUCCCGCCCAGUUGUGUCCGCAGUACUGGCCAGAAAACGGAGUCCACAGACACGGCCCCAUCCAGGUGGAAUUUGUCUCUGCCGAUUUAGAGGAAGACAUCAUCAGCAGGAUAUUCCGUAUUUACAAUGCAUCCCGGCCCCAGGAUGGCUAUCGGAUGGUGCAGCAGUUCCAGUUCCUGGGCUGGCCAAUGUACAGGGACACGCCGGUGUCCAAGCGCUCCUUCCUGAAGCUCAUCCGCCAGGUGGACAAGUGGCAGGAGGAAUACAACGGCGGGGAGGGCCGCACGGUCGUGCACUGCCUGAAUGGGGGAGGCCGCAGUGGGACCUUCUGUGCCAUCAGCAUCGUCUGUGAGAUGCUGCGACACCAGAGGACCGUGGACGUCUUCCACGCCGUGAAGACACUGAGAAACAACAAGCCCAACAUGGUGGAUCUGCUGGACCAGUACAAGUUCUGCUAUGAGGUAGCCCUGGAGUACUUGAAUUCUGGCUGAUGGUAUACAGAGCCCCGCAGACAAGCCUUUCAGCCUGCAAAGCCAGAACGUGCCAUGGGUAUCUGUGCCGAUGGGAUAAAGACUUCUCAAUACGCUUCUUUUGCUUUGCAUAAUCGGCUCUUCUGAAGAGCCCCAGAAAGUGUUUCUAAAACUGCUUGCACUGCCCGAUUCCCAGUACUGCUGCCUGACGGAAACCCACCCAACAGCCUACAGUCACCCAGUACCGUCCUCCUAGGCACCGGCUCCUCAGAGCAGUGUGGACAGCUGGUAAAUUAAAGAGCACAAUUAUAUUCUUAUGAAGGAAUUUGUACCUCUGGGGUAUUAUUUUGUGGCCCGUGAACCUUUGGUAUUGUUACAGCUGAGUGUACAUUUUUGUUCUGUGGAGAAUGCUACCUGGCAUUAUGAUAAUAUAUUAUUUUAGUUAAUAUUUGUAUUUUAACAUGUUGCACAAUAUCAGCUUAUGUAGCUUUCCAAGACUAACAGAUAAAGUAUAAUGAACAAAGCUAUGUUGUAUGAGUUGUUGUUUCUAUCAGAUUUGUAUUGUUUCCAAGGGAAAAGCUUGGGGAGGAGUUCGGUUCCAAAAAAGACAGAGAUCAAUGAUCAGAUUCACAGAUGUGAAGCUUUUCCAUUUGUGUAUAUUGUAAAUAGUUUUGAUUUCAUCAAAUUAUUUAUUCAUUAAAAGAAUUUUUGUGAAGCACAGUGAGUGACAAUCAUUUUUAUGAAGCCCUGGAAAUUAUUUACUGUAUGAUGCUCCCUUGUGUAAAUUCUCAAUAAAUCAAGACCCGUGA